GGGAGGGGGGGCCCGGGCUCGGCGCCCCCCGGUCCGGGAGCCAUGGGCGAAUGGACCAUCCUGGAGCGGCUGCUGGAGGCGGCGGUGCAGCAGCAUUCCACCAUGAUCGGCAGGGCCAAGGAGGACCCACACAUCCACGCAGGACCCACACAUCCGGGUCGGACCCACACGUCCAGGUCGGACCCACGUCUCCAGGUAGGACCCACACAUCUGGGUCAGACCCACAUCUCCAGGAUCCUGCUGACGGUGGUGGUCAUCUUCCGCAUCCUCAUCGUGGCCAUCGUGGGCGAGACGGUCUACGAGGACGAGCAGACCAUGUUCAUGUGCAACACGUUGCAACCGGGUUGCAACCAAGCGUGCUACGACAAAGCCUUCCCCAUCUCCCACAUCCGUUACUGGGUCUUCCAGAUCAUCCUGGUCUGCACUCCCAGUCUCUGCUUCAUCACCUACUCCGUCCACCAGUCGGCCAAACAACGGGAACGCCGUUACUCCUUCCUCUACCCCCUCCUGGACAACCGCGAAACCAAGAAGACCAAACCCAUCAACGGGGUGCUGGCACCCGGCCCGGAGACGGGAUGCAAGGAUGAAUCCGAUUGUUUGGAAGCCAAGGAACCAUCUGGGCCACCCCCACGACCUCCUCGCAGCUCCAAAACCAAGCGGCAAGAAGGCAUCUCCCGUUUCUACGUCAUCCAAGUCGUCUUCCGCAAUGCCUUGGAGAUCGGCUUCCUCGCCGGGCAAUAUUUCCUUUACGGAUUCAACGUUCCGGCUAUUUUUGAGUGCGAUCGUUAUCCUUGCGUCAAGGAAGUGGAAUGUUACGUCUCGAGGCCUACGGAGAAGACGGUCUUUUUGGUUUUCAUGUUCGCCGUCAGCGGCGUUUGCGUUCUCCUCAAUUUGGCUGAACUCAACCACUUGGGUUGGCGCAAAGUCAAAGCCGCCGUACGCGGCGUUCAAGCGCGACGCAAAUCCUUGGUGGAAGUUCGCAAAAAAGACCUUUCUCCACCCGUUCCGGCUCCACCGCUCGGCCGGACGCAGUCCAGCGAAUCCGCCUACGUCUGAGGUGAACGGUGCUGCCCCCAAAACCCCACGUUUUUGGGGUGUCCCCCCCCCAAAAAAAAGAGUCUUCCGUAAGGGCGGGCGUCGCUCGACCUCUUCAUGGUGCAAGCGGGAAGUGGGGCUGCGCCCACCGACCGCACCCCGACGGGGAAACUGGGGGGGAACUGGGGGGGAACU